AUGUAUCUCCUUCAUGCAAUUUUAAUACCAACCAAUAAAAAGUCAUCCACUGACUCACAAGGGAAAAAAACCAUAGUCAAAUAUUCGAUCCAAGAUUCACAGAACAGUUUUAUGAUGAUAGCACCAACUGCAGUAGAGAUUGAAGAAAUGUUAAAGAGAAAAUAUAAUGUUGGCGAUACCAUACAACCAUGUAUUAUAAUUGUAGGAACAGUUUGUGUUCCACUUGAAAUAUUGGUUUAUUUUGAUGGAAUAAAAUACAAAGUUUUUUCUCCUAUUAAAGCACUAGACAUUUGUUUCAAAAUUUUUCAUGUCUUCAACAUUGAAUAUCCAAUUGAAUCUGUUAAUGUCUGGCUAUUUGUUCAAAAAUUCUUUUAUAACAUUGUAAAUAAAUAUGAUAAAUCUUGUCCACUGGUCAAUCAAAUUUUUAAUGAAAUUAAACUUUGA